AUGUCAGAAAAUUUCGACUCUCUUCCCAUCAUUGAUUUUCAAGAUGCCCUUUCGCCCUCUACGAAGCCACAAUUCUUGUCUGCGCUUAGACAUGCACUUGUCAAAGUCGGCUUCUUCUACUUGAAGAAUCAUCCUGUUCCGCAUCAAGUGCAACAAGAUCUACUACGAACAUCGGGUGACUUUUUCAGCCUGCCUUCUGAUAAGAAGGCGGAAGUGAACAUGGCGAAUACCAAGUCGUUCCGAGGAUAUACUGGCUUAGGAAAUGAGCGAACAGCUGCAAAGGCUGACGAGAGAGAAACAUUCUGGGCUGGAUUGCACGAAAUUGUGGACAGUUCCGAGCUCCCUGUUUGGUACAAUCUUGUGGGGCCAAACCAGUGGCCAGAAGAAGAGGUAGCGCUUGGCUUUCGCAAGUCUGUGGAAGCAUAUCUGUCUGAAAUCGAACGUUUGUCAGAGACAUUUACAGGCUUGGUUGCCGAAGCCCUAGACACGGACCCCUCAGUAUUCACAAAAUUCUUCCGAAAGCCAUGUAUGAGUGGGAUGAAGAUAGCGGCAUACCCUGCACCAGACCCUUCACAGGGGGCCGACACACAGUUCCAAGGGGUUGGGCCUCACAAGGAUGGCUCGUUCUUGACUUAUCUCCUACAGGGGACAGAGCAUUCCAGCCUGGAAGUACAGAACAGAUCGGGUGAAUGGAUCCCAGCACCCCCAGUCCCAGGUACACUGGUGGUAAACAUCGGUCGCUCAUUGGAGGCUCUGACUCAGGGAGUGUGUGUUGCGACUACUCAUCGAGUUAACCUCACAUGCAACCAAUACUCAGGAAACCAGUCAGGCAGUGGACAACUUGGUACACGCCUUAGCUUCCCCUUCUUCCAGAUGUUUGGCUUUGAUGUGACACAGGAAGAUAUUCAAAUAGAUAUUCCAGAGCACAUCACAAGCUUGCGUGAUGCAAGCGUUCGGUCUGAUGCGGAGUCAUUCUUUGCGGAUCUCUUCAAGACUGUGAUUGGAGAGGCCUUCAUGAUCAACGCGUUGACCAGUCAUCCAGAGGUGGGCAAGCGAUGGUAUCCUGAAGCUCUGGCCCAAGCUCUGCAAAAGCAAGAAGAGGGAAAGAGGUUGGACAACGCAAAAUCUCUGGACCAUCCAAGCGCCUUGGAUGACGUGAAAUCUCAGGCCACUGAAAUUGUUGCAUAG